GGCUGCUGUACGGUCAAAAUGACGGGUAGGAAAUGUUUUUCUUUUGCGGUUUUCAUUAUAGGAAAGUAGGCGAGAGGCCCGCUUUCUUUUCUCGGCCGACGAUAUGGACCCUCAUAUAGUUGGACAGCUACAGUAAGCCAACCUGCCGGCGCGGAAAGAAAACAGUUCUUUUAACAGAGUUGGCUGCUGACUGAGCUUCAGCCAUGGUGCAGGAGUACCAGUCCCCUGUUCGGGUCUACAAGCACCCGUUUGAGUUGAUAAUGGCGGCCUACGUGAGACGGUUCCCAAAGUGUCCAUUGAUUCCAAUGUUUGUGGACAGCGAGAUCAUAAGUGAGAGCCAAAGUGAUGAUGGAUGCGUGCUGGUGACUGAGAGGCGCUGUACGAUCGACAUCGAAGCCCCACGACUUCUCAAACGGAUCGCCGGUGUGGAUUAUCUGUACUUCAUGCAAAAAAACUCUCUGAACCGCAGAGACAGGACCCUCCAUAUUGAGGUUCACAAUGAGACUUUUUCUAACAGAGUCAUUGUCCGUGAGAGGUGCAGCUACACGGUUCAUCCAGAGAAUGAGAGCUGGACUUGCUUCGAACAGUCGGCUAGUCUGGAUAUUAAGUCCUUUUUUGGUUUUGAAAGCACCGCAGAGAAGAUAGCAAUGAAGCAAUAUGCUAGUAGCAUUAAAAAGGGUAAAGAAAUUAUUGAGUACUACCUCAGAGAGCUAGAGAAAGAAGGACUCACUUAUAUACCUCGUUGGACCUCCACUGUUGACUCUGGCACAGUCACUUGGAGGCACCAGCUGCCGCCCCCCUCUGCUGCCAGAGCCAUCCCAGUGAACAGUGCCAAGGACGGGCUGCACUGUAAAGACUCGUCAUGUUCUGCAGAGCUAGUGACCGGUUCGCCUGACGACAAGUUGGAUGCUGACUACAUCAGACGUUACCUAGGUGAUUUAACGCCUCUGCAGGAGAGCUGUCUUAUUCGGCUGCGUCAGUGGCUGCAGGAAACCCACAAGGGCAAGAUUCCAAAGGAUCAGCAUGUGCUACGCUUCCUCAGGGCCAGAGAUUUCAACCUCGACAAGGCCAGGGAGUUCCUCUGCCAGUCACUGACCUGGAGGAGACAGCAUCAGGUGGAUUUCCUGUUAGACACAUGGAAGCGUCCACAACUGCUCCAGGAUUAUUACUCUGGAGGCUGGCACCACCAUGACAAAGAUGGCCGUCCUCUGUACAUUUUGCGUCUGGGUCAAAUGGACACUAAGGGUUUAGUACGAGCCUUGGGUGAGGAGGCGCUGCUGAGACAGGUGCUUUCCAUUAACGAGGAGGGACUGAGGCGCUGUGAGGAAAAUACCAGAGUUUUUGGACGACCUAUUAGUUCUUGGACUUGCCUGGUGGAUCUGGACGGUCUAAACAUGCGUCACCUGUGGCGACCUGGCAUUAAGGCGCUGUUGAGAAUCAUCGAAAUUGUUGAGGCCAAUUACCCUGAAACUUUGGGUCGCCUGCUCAUACUGCGGGCACCGAGAGUUUUCCCUGUGCUGUGGACCCUGGUCAGCCCCCUUAUUGAUGAAAACACUCGUAAGAAGUUCCUUGUUUAUGCUGGAAACGACUACCAGGGUCCAGGAGGUUUGGUAGACUACAUCGACAGAGAAAUCAUCCCUGACUUCCUGCAAGGAGACUGCAUGUGUGACAUCCCAGAAGGAGGAAUGGUUCCCAAAUUUCUGUACAGAACAGCAGAAGAAUUAGAGAGUGAAGAAAACCGCCUGUUGACUGAUUCCAUCUAUAAAAGUGCCAGUAUCUACAAGGGGGCUCCAUACGAGCUGCUGAUAGAGAUCACAGAGGCCUCCUCUGUCAUCACAUGGGACUUUGAUGUGUCUAAAGGAGAUGUGGUCUUUAACAUCUACCACUCCAGGAAAGCCCCUCAGCCUCCCAGAAAGGAAACUCAUGGUAUCGCUUCCCUAGGGGCUGUUAAUCCACAGCUUAUAGACAAGAGCUGGGUACUAGGCCAGGACUACAGCAUGGUGGAGAAAGCCCUCAUGUGUAGGGAGGGAGAGAGUGUGCAGGGCUCCCACAUAACACGCUGGCCCGGCUUCUACAUCCUCCAGUGGCGUUUCCUAAGCUCCGCAGCCUGCGCAGCCUCCAGCAUGCCUCGAGUGGAUGAUGUGCUGGCCUCUCUGCAGGUUUCCUCCCACAAGUGUAAAAUCAUGUACUACACCGAGGUCCUUGCCUCCUGUGACUUCAGGGGUUCCAUGACCAGUCUGGAGUCUUGUCACAGUGGCUUCUCACAGCUCAGUGGCACCACAACAUCCUCUACUAUUUCAAGGUAGCAUCUGUUAAGCGGACGUCCAGAUGCAGCAAUGACCAAAGCUCACUUGUAUCCACCAGCUCUGCUUGUCCUUGGUACCUUCAAAGAGAAUUUUGUUUUUCAAAUAUGAGCUGUGUCACUGAAGACUGAUUUUUGUUUCUACCGGAGUACAUUAAUAAUGCAAAUACCUGAUGAAAAUGCACUUUCAUCUUAUAUCCUUGCAAUACGACAAUGCAUAAAAUGAAAAUGUGAGAUGGCUCACACACAGUAGCGUUUAUAUAUUCUUAGAUUAAAAUUUAAA